ACAGUGGGAAAGGAGGAAGAAGGAGGAGGACAGGUUGAACACACAUAGAUAACAGCCAAGCAGUGACAGGUGAGCUUCUCCUUUGGACUAGGACACUGAGCACAGACGAGCUGGACAUGGCUGGGUACAAGUCAAGGGUGAUUUCUUUAACCAAGAGGCCGGGUCAUACAUUUGGCUUCUAUUUGAGGGUGGAGCAGGGUGAGGAGGGUCACCUGAUUCGCUGCCUGGAAAUGGGAGGUCCAGCUGAACUGGCUGGCAUGAAAGAUGGAGACCGCAUCCUGCGGGUCAAUGGAGAGUUUGUUGAUGGACUGUCCCAUUCAGAGGUGGUGGAGAAGGUGAGAAUCAGUGGAGCAUCAGUCACCUUCCACAUCCUGGAUGAAGCUUCCUACAUGCUAGCCAAAGCACAGGGACUGAACCUCUCCAACCCUCAGAGCACACCAGUUGCCAAUGGUGUAGCCAAACAGGCUCUAAAACCCAAACUCUGCUACCUGGUAAAGUCCAGCUCAGGCUAUGGGUUUUCUCUUCGCUCAGUCAAAGGUGAACAAGGUUUGUUCAUGACAGAGGUGAUCCAAGGAAGCGUGGCUGACAGGGCCGGGGUCAAUGCCAACGACCGCCUGCUGGAGAUCAACGGGGAGAACGUAGAAGGCUCCACACACGAACAAGUAGUGGACAAGAUAAAGCUGGCUGGCAGCAGCAUCAUGUUACUGCUGGUUGACGAGGAAACAGACAGGCACUACCAGAACAUGCGUAUGAAGAUAGGCGCAUGGUUAGCCACAUCCAAGUAUCUCCCACACAAGCCAUGUGUCGUCAACAUGACCAAAGGACCUGAUGGCUAUGGAUUCCUGCUAAAGGAAGAGAUCAACCUAACAGGCCACUUCAUUAAGGACAUAGACAGAGGCAGCCCAGCGGAAAAAGCAGGUCUGAAGGAAAUGGACAGACUAGUAUCUGUGAAUGGAAAGGAGGUGGACAGCUGCAGCCAUGAACAGGUGGUGGAAAAGAUCAGGCUGAGUGGAAACAAGUGCUGUCUCCUAGUGGUGAACAAAGAAACGGACCAAAUGUAUAAGCAGGGGAAGGUGUCUCCGAUGCUCUUCCUGGAGGAGAUGGAUUCCAGCUCACCGCCCAGUUAUACAGAGGCCCUCAACUUACCUGUUCCUGUCAGACCAUCCACACCUGUUCAAGGGAGGACGGAGGAUCUCAAGCCUAAACUGUGCAAGAUGGAGAAGACCUCAGCUGGCUAUGGCUUUCACCUUAACAGCAUUCAGGGGGUGCCUGGACAGUACAUCAAGGAGGUGGUGAAGGGUGGAGCGGCUGACAGGGCGGGUCUGGUGGAUGAUGACAUUGUGGUGGAAGUGAACGGAGUAAAUGUGGAGCAGAGCAGCCACGAGGAGGUGGUGGCAUUGAUCCGCAACAGUGGCAGCUCUCUGGAGAUACUGGUGGCAAAAAAGAGCAUCUAUGACCAACUCAAAGCUGAAGGAGUGGCCGUCACACGCCUGCUCCUCGGGGAAACAUCUUAUGCUCAGGUCCACACUGCGGACACUACUGCAGAGGAAGUAGAGAGGCAUGAGGAGGCCAGACCUGAAACCCCAACAGAACCAGAAAGAAAGAGGACCACAUCUUCUUUGUCUGAAGAAAGUAUCGAUGAGAGACUCUGAGAUGCCACAGAAAGGACACGCUCCCUGAUUUGGUCUUUGUCAAUCUAAUGUUGAUGCAUCAUCUUUUUUUUAAACAAAUCAGCUCUAAAAGAAACAAAUUUUGAAAUUCAUUAUAAGUAUCUUAUCCAUUGCAUGACAGUUGCGUCCAUUAAACAGUGG